GCCAAUGGAUUGGCCUGCACGAGGAAUUGGAGAGGGACUCGAGGCGGUGGCACGAGCUGUUAGCGGGGCUACACACGGCUAUGGCUAGGCGAGGGGCAGAAUAACCGUGCCUGACGGUGUUUGUGUUGAUGCUAACGUUACGUAGCAGGUCCGUCGAGUCAAAAUGGCGCUGCUGCGAAUGAGGACCGCACAGGGCGCGAAUGCCACAGAGAUAGAGAAGAAAAUCAAAAGAGGUAACGCGCUGCGGCAGGGAUCGGCAUGGAGGGGUUCCCGGGGGCUCGCGGCCUUGCUGCUGGUCGUUGUGUUCGUGUGCGGGGCGGCUGUUUGGCUGUACGUAACCUCUCUGGACAGUGAGAUCACAGAAACGCUAGUCCGCCAGGGUGAGCUGGUCUCCCCCCGGCCCAGAGUCUACUCCGUCCCGUGCUCCGAGGACUACGAGAACUACAAACGCUAUCCAGGAUGCACCCCUCAGAGGUGUGGCCGCGCGCGUCCACCGACGGCGUGGUGACGAGGGAGGAAGCUCAUGUCCUCAAGAGGCUGGCUGAGAGAGGGCUGGCACUGGCCGGGUCCGACGGAGGAGCAAUCCAUACUAGACCUGCACUCUGGAGCGUUGUCGAUGGGUAAACAGUUUGUCAACAUCUACAGGUAUUUUGGGGAUCAGAUCAGUGAAGUGUUCACACAAGAGGAUUUCCAGCUUUACAGAAAUGUACGUGAGCGAAUCCAGGCCAUUAUUGCCGAGACGUUUGGUUUGGACCCGACACUGUUGUACCUCACCAAGCCCACCUUCUUCUCCAGAAUCAACAGCACGAUAGCGAAGACCCAGCACGACGAGUACUGGCACCCACACAUAGAUAAGGUGACCUACGGCUCCUUUGACUACACCUCACUCCUGUACCUGUCCGACUACGGCUCUGACUUCACCGGAGGGAGAUUCAUCUUCAUGGACGAAAAUGCCAACCGGACAGUGGAGCCUCGGGCAGGACGAGUGUCUUUCUUCUCCUCCGGCACGGAGAACCUCCACCGGGUGGAGAAGGUGGAGUGGGGCACCCGCUUCGCCAUCACCGUGUCCUUCACCUGCGACCCAGCACACGGCAUCUCCGACCCCGCCAUGCCCUGAGUCGCCCACGGGGGCGCCGGAGCCGCUCACUGGCGUGGACAAGCCCUGCAAAGAGGGCGACAAGACGGGGGGGGGGGGGUCAAUAUCUGUCGUCGUCCCGCAUUUUCAGAUGCUGACCGGCUGCCCCGCACUGGUUUUGAUACAGAAAAAAAAAAAAAGAGAAAGCACACGCGUUCACCCUCUCUUCUGUAGAGGUGUUUUCUUGUUCCUUACGUUGUAACUUUUAUCCAAUUUUCUACAUUGGUUUAUUUUUUUUGCCUUCCUUUUUUACUCCACCACCAUUAUUGCUAGAAUUGGGCAUUUUAUGUGUGUAUUAUUUAUACACAUUGCCAACAAUCCGCUCCAUUUGAGCAUCGGGAGGACGGCUCGAGCAGAGAUUGCCUCUCGAGUGAAAGAAGCGGGAUUGUGGUCUUUUUUUUCUUCUUUUUUUUCUUUGUUUUCAUUUUUAGUGAGAGCUGUCAAUUCCUUGGGGAAUCUCCUAUUGAAUCAACCUUUUCAUCACCAAAGUCCCCACUCAUCCUCCUCCCCCCCUCCCCCAAUAACCCAGGAGGUGUUUUCUUCUAAGAAGAACCCUCUUGUCCAGGAGUGAUUGCUCUUUCUAGUCUGUUUUCUUCAGUGUGGUCGGUGAGGACGGUUUGAAAUAAAAUAGUGACCUGAAAGGUUCUUGUC